CCUGUUUCUAGGAAGACCCUGAGCAAAGGAACAAGGGUACUUCAAAAUGACGACUAAAAAGUCGUUCGAAUUGGCUGACAUAUCCUUUGUUCUGCGCAGUGGGAGAAGGACAGCCAUUCGUGCUUGUCGGAUGUUCCUGCUGCAGUCCAUGCCUCGCGGGCAAAGUUUGUUUCCCUUCCGCGGCAAAUUUGUUGCUGGUCUAUGUGCCAAGCGCGAAGCACGAAGGGAGGGGGGAGGUGUGCCGAGGUCGAGGGAACGUUGCUUGGGUUUGUUGCAGAGGCACAGACACAUAUGUGCAUGUUCAUGCUAUGUGAUAUUGGGUUACGGUCGAACGCUGGGAAGUGUAGCGUGUUCGUUCAAUGGAGCAGCCGCAGUUGCAGUUGAGCUCAAUGCUGGGCUGUCGGUAGGAUCAGGGUCUCGAGGUGAUCGUCAGGGGGGCACAGGAUAUGGCCAUGGCCCACGGGCGAGUCCGGCGCAGAGGACGACGAGGGCGUCAAUUGCGGGGAUGAAGGAGGGGUGGGGAGCAGGGGCAGAGGCGCGGAUGAAGCCUUGGUUGUGGAUGUGGUUGUGGCAGCGGCUGUGGAUGCAAUGGAGACGGCGACAUGGUCGGCAGCGUGGUUGCAGUGGCAGUGGUGCGAGCAAGUGACGAUGAAGCGACGGGAGGGGGCCAUUCUUGUGUGUUGGGCGAGGUGAGGUGUGAUAAUGUUGGUCUGAAUGGUGUUGCUGAUGUUGUUGCUUUCGAUGCUGGUAGCGGUUGUGCUGAUGGU